UGGAAAAAUUGUGGGUAAAUUAAUUGACUUGCAUGCCAAGCGAAUAUCAUGUGUUAUAACACAUAUAUCUUCAAUCUAGAUCGGUCAAUAUAUUGUGUAAUAAACUAGAAUCACAGCUUAAAUAGCUGGCUUACUCAACGAACAGCAGUUAUUUGCAAUUGAAAAUCGACACAAGAUGACAUCGCCUAUUUUCUGCCUGAGUCUGAGCCUACUACUUUUGGGCAUUACCACCGCCUGGCCUCAGGAUUUGGGUACUGGCGUGAUGCUGGUCGUGGGACAAAUGCAGCAGCUAAUGGAAAAUGGCGGCGGGUUGAAAAACGAGCAGAGUAUCGAGCUUCUGGGCGAAAAGGUGUCUGGAGGUCUUAAACUGGGUUUCGGCGAGGUCAUGGAAAUGCCCCUGGGUCGCCGACGUCGCUCAAAUGCGGCCAGAAAUUAAGGACAUUAGUACUUAUUUGUAUGUCCGCAGGUAGACUGACACUAAAUGUAAACGCAGCUUGAUUAAAAAUUUAAUUGACAGAUGAGUUCGCUUGUCAUUGUACUUGGAAAAUACUGGUUUGUACAUAUUUAAGUAAUAAAGUGUUUUA